AUGGGGCACUUCCACCUUAGCAACUUCAUUGCUCUCAUUGGCAUCCUUUUGGUUGGUCCGACAGCAACAUCUGGUGCAGCUGUUUCCGUUGUAUCUCAAGCAGAUAGCAACGAUAUUUGUUCCAAAUAUGUUGUCCAGGCUGGCGAAACUUGUUCUGCGAUUGCCCAAGCCCACUCUAUCACCACGGCUGAUAUCGAAACCUACAACGCUCAAAGCUGGGCAUGGACUGGUUGCGGACAGAUAUCGCAGGGUGAUUUCAUCUGCCUCAGUUCUGGAGAGUCCCCAAUGCCAGUUGCGCUUCCACAUGCUGUUUGUGGUCCCCAGGUGCCUGGAACGGCACGCCCGAACACCUGGUCUAAACUGGGGUCUUUAAAUCCGUGUCCGGCCAAUCAAUGCUGCUCUUCGUCGGGUCUUUGUGGAACCACUCCGGACUUUUGCACCUCUGCGGCUCAUGUCCCUGUAGCAUUGUCUAUGUCCACCGAUACUCAACCCAAUCAAUUGACAACCACAUCACAAGCGAUUACUAUAUCUACUAGCCCAGCUAUACCUCUUCAGAAAGUUGUGACUAGCAGUGAGACCUCAUCCAGCAUGACCACAUCGACCAGUGCAACCACGUCUGUCCCCACAACCACGUCAACCACCACGACCACUAAGACUACUUCAACUCUUAAGACCACGACGACAUCAACCAUAUCAUCCCAAACAAAAACAAAGACAAGCACCAGUACCAGCACGACCAAACCAAAAAUUGUUAAACCAUGGUCACUCACAAUGUACACCAAGCAAGACUGCAAGGGCGACUACUAUGUACUCCAAGGACACAACAAGGGCUACUCGGAUACCUGCCUGAACUUACACGGAGGUCUCAGUAGCAAGGACACAGAUACCGGUGUUUCCUGCAAAUGGUUUACAAACGACGGCAAGUCCAGCACUAAAUGUGAUUCCGGCGCCCUCACUAGACCUCAAUCCUGGAUAGUAGAGACCGGUAUUUGCACUGUAUUCAGUGUUAAAGAUUGUAAACAUGAUUUGCAUUCUAAUGCUUAUACACCUGUGCCUAAGCAUCCUUGUCAGAAUCGGGGCAAAUUCGAUACGCCGUACUUUGUUUCUAUGAAUUGUUAUACCGAGGGUUGA